CCGAUAAGCAGGAACACGAAAAAUCUCACUUCUUUCACCAACACUAUUGCUAAUUACAUGCCUUCCUUGAACAUCAUAGCAAACCAUGGGUCAAUUCUAUGAAUCUAUAUCCGAUGAUAUUCGCGAAUGGGCUUUACGCCAAAGCGUCUUCUUCGUGGCCUCGGCCCCCCUGCGUGGUCGCCAUAUUAAUGUCUCCCCGAAAGGCCUCCCGGAGACUUCAUUCGCGAUUCUGGGCCCUAACGAGGCAGCCUAUGUAGAUGCCACUGGUUCAGGUGGUGAAACGAUCUGUCAUCUACGAGAGAAUGGUCGCAUUACUGUAAUGUUCUGCUCCUUCGAUAAAUCCCCGCGCAUCUUGCGGCUUUUCUGCACGGGUUCGGUUAUCGAAUGGACCGAUCCCAUGUUUCCUCAGUACCUAGAGCGCAUGGGAGGGAAAAAUAUCCCAGGUGCACGCGCUGUUAUCAAUCUUUGUGUUUUCAAGGUUCAAACGUCUUGUGGGUUUGGAGUACCGCUGCUGGCCCUGACUCACGAUCCCGAAACCAAUGAACCAAAACCGUACCUUAAAGAUCGCGAGACCUUAGGUUACUGGGCUGGUAAAAAGGCAAAUGCAGGUCAGAUGCGCGCGUAUCAGAAAGAGUGGAAUGUUCGUAGUUUGGAUGGUCUUCCUGGUCUUCAUUCCGCAUUGAGGGACAACAACAAGAGUGUAUGGCGGGCACGGUUGGGAGGUUGGAUGAACCGCCACCGAGAUGAGUUGGAGAUGGCCAAGACUUCAAUCUUACUUUUGUUUGUUGGCAUGGCAAUUCUGCAGUGGAUUGGAUAUAUCUAGAUAUUUUUAUGGUAAUGGUUCAGUUUUUAGUAAGCAAACGUGAGUCCCCUGCGCAAAUGCCACGGUAUUCGAGGGGUUCUACGGAUAAUAUUGAUAUGACUCGACCUUGGUUUACUACCGAAUCGGCCUACCUAGUGAUGCAGAUAUUUUAACGUGACUGGGUAAAGAAAAUUACAGCUGUAUUUUUCAAGUUCCAU